GAAAAGAACGAGGUGUUGGUGUUUCUUCGCGCUGCCAUCGGUGGCUUCCUCAAAGGCCCGGAUCGGCAGCUUGCUCAAGUCCUUCUUGUGCGUCGGCUGGUUAUGCGCGGUCUAGCCAUUCACCACGCCGGCAUGUUGCCACUGUUGAAGGAGGUACGCUACACCUACUGUGCUACUUCGUCCGCUUUCCGCAGUUAUGCCUUACUGACUGUUUCGAAUAGCUUGCACCCUUUGGCGACUCUGUAUCCAAUCGUAACGCUUCAGUAUCCACGCCUAUCCUAUCCGGACCCGAUACAGCGGUCUUCAUUCACACAGUUAAAGGUGGUGGAAAUUUUGUUCCAGCGCGGUCUUGUUCGAGUCCUCUUUGCCACUGAGACUUUCGCCAUGGGCGUGAACAUGCCGGCUCGUUGCGUCGUCUUCACUUCAAUCCAAAAGCAUGACGGAAAUCGGAAGCGUCCCCUCACUGCAGGAGAAUUUACCCAAAUGGCUGGUCGAGCUGGUCGGAGAGGUCUGGAUUCAACUGGCACCGUAAUCAUAGUUGCCAACAACAUUGAACCUGGUAUCAUGCCCAUAGAGGCCACACUCACACAGAUGCUGCUGGGUAAGCCUACAAAGCUGCAGUCUCAGUUCAAAAUCACCUACUCCAUGAUCCUCUACCUACAUCGAGGCAAUCUCCAGACGCCACAAGAGCUGAUUCGUCAAAGCUUCAUGCAUGCCUCUGAACUCCGCCUGGAACUCUCCUGGAAACGCCAGAUGGAGCAGUUGCGGGAGACUGUGCAUUCGACCACCGUGCACACGCCGACUGGUCCGACCGCCAUACCCUCCUCUAGUAAACUUCCCAUGCGGACGCCAGACUCCACUGAUGCUUCACUGACCUCCUACGACCGAGUCAAGUGUCCCGCAUUCCCGCCAGACUCUCACGCAGCGGGCGACGCGGCCUGCGUUGAAGGCAUAGCUAAAUAUUACCUGGUAGGGUUCCAGCUUUCUAUCAUUUUCUUCUGA